CCAGUCUGUGACUCGUUGUCGGUCUCGCGCCCCGGUGCCAUGGCGUCCGGAGAGGAGGACGGAGCGCUUGAGGAAAAGGAAACGAACAACAAAAAGCGGACGAAGAGCAUUAUUGCCACAGCAUGGCUCAUGUUCUACAAUAUCGCCAUGACAGCCGGGUGGCUGGUGCUGGCUGUUGCAAUGACUCGCUUCUAUCUCCAGAAAGGCACGCAUAAGGGCUUGUACAGAAGUAUAGCACGGACACUUAAGUUUUUCCAGACCUUUGCUCUUCUGGAGGUUGGGCACUGUGCAAUUGGAAUUGUACGGACAUCUGUGAUUGUGACUGGGGUCCAAGUAUGCUCUCGAAUAUUCAUGGUUUGGUUCAUCACGCAUAGUAUCAGACAGGUCCAGAAUCAAGAGAGUGUGAUCUUGUUUUUGGUGGUGUGGACAGUCACUGAGAUCACACGUUACUCCUUCUACACUUUCAGUUUGCUUAACCAUCUGCCUUACUUCAUCAAAUGGGCCAGAUAUAAUUUGUUCAUUGUCAUGUAUCCUUUGGGUGUGAUUGGUGAACUGAUGACCAUAUAUGCUGCUCUGCCAUAUGUUCGGAAAGCGGGCAUGUACUCUUUAAGACUCCCAAACAAAUACAAUGUCUCCUUCGACUAUUACUACUUCCUCAUCAUUGUAAUGCUCUCCUACAUCCCACUGUUUCCCCAGUUGUAUUUCCACAUGCUGCGUCAGAGGAGAAAGGUGCUUCAUGGGGAGGUUAUAGUAGAGAAGGACGAGUAGAAAAAUACCGCACCAUACCGACCACCACAGCAAUCAAUCAGCAACCCAACAUACAAAUUGCAACACGUUGGAAAUGCUCCAGCACACAAUCUUUACUACAACUACUCUUCUGUUAUUGAGAACUGGGUGCUCUUCACUUGGAUGGAAAUGCUCCCAGUAUUCCUGAAAACAUCCAAAUUAUGGUCAAUUAAAAGCAGUGAAACUUUUGGUUAUAUUUUAUGUGAUUCAUCACAAGAAGGACUGCCACGGGAAUAAACUUCAUCUAUUUUGGAUUAUA